AUGAAAAUUAUCAUGAGUAUUUAAUAUUAUCUAUUGAAUAGAGGAAAUCAAUUCAUUCUUAAUGGAGAGUAUUUGGAAGGAUAAAAGAUUAACCAGUGGAAUAUAAUAUAAAAGGGGAGAUAAAUGUAAGAAAAUUUCUUUAUUUUUUAAGUGAUGGAGGAUAUUAUAAUAAAAUAGGAAAAAAAGGAAGGUAAUUGGAUAGAAUUGCAUAAUAAUUUUAAUGAGUAUAAAUAUAUUCAAAAUGUAGAAAUAAUCAAAUAAUUGAGUCAGGAAAAUAAGAAAAUGGAAACAGAAUUGAAUAAUGGGAUUUUAAAUUUGAAGGAAAAAAAAUGUACAAUAUUGAUAUUAAUAUUAAAGUGGUGGUGGAUGAUACUCUCUCGAAGGAAAUAAGAAUGGAAUAUGGAAAGAAUUACAUAACUAUUAUUCUAAUUAUUCAAUUAGUAAUUAUGAAUAGAGACAAUGUAACCUUUCUUAUAGGUUAAUAUAAUAAUGCAAAAAAGUGUAAUUAAUGGAAAAUUCUAUUUAAAAGUGAAAAAGAAAGUCAAUAAGAAAUUAUGUAAGAUUUCCUUUUUAAUUUUUAGAAAAGGCAAUCAUAAUGAAAAUUAAAUCAAAAUUGAUGAAUAGAUAGAUUUGCAUCAAAGUAAAUGAUAUAAAUAUCUUCUAGUUAUGGAUAAGUUAUUUAUUAGGGUAUACAUAGAAAUCGGAAGAAAGAUCAAAAAUGGGAUAUUAAGAAUAGAGAUGAGGCAUCAGAGUUUGUAGCAAUGUAAAAAUUUACAAUAAAGAAUUAGUGGUGGAGGAUUAUAUGAUUCAGAAGGAAGGAAAAAUGAAUAAUGGAUAGAAUUAAAUCCUAAUUUCUCUUUUUAUUUGA